UUGUCUUCUCGCAUUCAUCCAUUCCACACAGAGCUCUGUCUUCUCUCUCUCUCUCAUAUUCUGCCUUCCUUCCUUCCUUCUCUUUGUGUCUCCGUCUGUAUCUCUCUGCUCUGUUCUGUUUCUCUCUCUAGAGCCAUGCCUGUCCUCGGAGAAGCUCCCUCCGCCGCUACCUCAGCUGCCGAGCAGGGCAAGCCGAGGAGACCCAGAGCCCAGCUGGGCCACGGGAUGCCAGAAGCUUCAGAUCCGAACCCGCCGGCCCGACCCAACAAGCUCACCAUCUCCUCCGUCCUCCUCAACCCCAGUGACCCCACCUCCUCCGCGGCCACCAAGAAGACCCACUUCUCGCCGGCCGCGAAGUUCCGGGGCCUGGGCUGCACAGCCGCCUCGUCCCAGCAGGUCUCGGUGCCAGCAGUCAUCAGGUCGUCCGCCGACUGGGAGCGGAGGAAGGCCAAGAAGAAGCAGAAGAAGGGGUUCCUGCAGAAGAGCAGGGCCAAGAACCAGGGACUGCUGACCGACGGCUCCAACUUCAGUUGCAACUCCAGCGGGUCCUGCGUGGUCGCCGAGGACGCCUGGUGCGGUCCUGGGAUCGGGUUCUCCGCUGCGGACGCCGACUGCGUGGUGGUGGUCGGCCGGAGGAACGUUGCGGCCGUCGCGGCCUCGAGGGGGAAGAUUGAUGCGGAGAGAUUGGGUCCGAGGGAGCGCCCUUGUCUCCCGCGGCGGGCUAUAAAUCCCGAACACUUGUGUCUCCUUGACUCCGACCAGAGCUUCACCGGAUCUCGCCCUGGUGUGGACUUAUACGGCCCUGGGCCUCGGCAUCAUCGGCAUGCCAGACCUCCUUCCCCUGAAGGCCUUGCCGAGAUUAUGAUGCUGCACGGUGGUAUGCUCAUGGGUGGAAGAGCAGAUGGGCCCGAUCGGUACAGAGGCUGGCGACUCGACGUCGAUAACAUGUCGUACGAGCAACUGUUGGAGCUCGGUGACAGAAUUGGUUACGUGAAUACUGGGCUGAAAGAAGAUGAGAUAGGCUGUUGCAUCAGGAAGAUCAAGCUUGCAAGUCUUGGUGAUUUAUCGCAUCAUUUCGCUGCAAAAACUGAUGGGAAGUGCAGCAUUUGCCAAGAAGAGUAUGAAGAGGACGAUGAGCUCGGGAAAUUAGAAUGCGGGCAUGGGUAUCACCUAGAGUGUAUAAAGCAGUGGCUCUCACAGAAGAAUGUUUGCCCCGUUUGCAAGUCCGAAGCUGUGGCCCGAACAUGAAACCUUCAUUGAUGUCAAACCGCCUUAUGCUCAAAUGUUUCCCUCUGAGCUCAGUUUGUAUAGAAUUGAUGUUCCAUACAAGAAAAGAAAUUAAUUCUUUCGGAAUGAAGCUGCUCUUCUCCUCCAAUUUCAUCACCCUUUUCCGGUUUUUGAAAUGUUAUUUAUUAAAAGACUCUCAUUGCGGAAUUUAAUGACGAUGUAAUGUUUUGAUGGAA